GGCAGCCGGCCAUGGGAUUCCGCAACGUGUAAGGGCCGGGGCAGCGUUUCUGUCAGGUGGGGAGGCGGGAGGCGAUCGGCCUUUCGCCCUGUGGUGGGCCCACGCUGCGGGUGGGACGCGGCUCGGCUCUCCCCACGCCUCCCCGGUGGCUCCUCCUCGUCUCCUCGGCCGGGUCACGGAUCUGCCACAAUGCCUGGGUCUCUUCCAGUGAAUGCUGAAUCCUGUUGGCCCAAAGAUGUGGGAAUUGUUGCACUGGAAAUAUAUUUUCCCUCUCAGUACGUUGACCAGACAGAGCUGGAGAAGUAUGAUGGUGUGGAUGCUGGGAAAUACACCAUUGGGCUAGGCCAGUCAAAGAUGGGCUUCUGCUCUGACCGGGAAGAUAUCAAUUCUCUCUGCUUGACUGUGGUUCAGAAGCUCAUGGAGAGGAAUAGCCUUUCCUAUGAUUGUAUCGGGAGAUUAGAAGUUGGAACGGAGACGAUAAUUGAUAAAUCAAAAUCUGUAAAGACUGUCCUGAUGCAACUUUUUGAAGAAUCUGGUAAUACGGAUGUAGAAGGAAUCGACACCACCAAUGCAUGCUAUGGAGGCACUGCUGCUCUUUUUAAUGCUAUUAACUGGAUUGAGUCCAGUUCUUGGGAUGGACGCUAUGCACUUGUUGUUGCUGGAGACAUUGCUGUGUAUGCCAGUGGAAAUGCCAGGCCAACAGGUGGAGCUGGUGCUGUUGCUAUGCUAAUUGGUCCAAAUGCUCCGUUAAUUUUUGAGAGAGGGUUGCGUGGAACCCACAUGCAGCAUGCAUAUGACUUCUAUAAACCUGACAUGGUCUCUGAAUAUCCUGUAGUUGAUGGCAAACUAUCUAUACAGUGCUACCUCAGUGCAUUAGAUCGCUGCUAUACUGUCUACCGCAACAAAAUCCAUGCCCAGUGGCAAAAGGAAGGGACAGACAGACGUUUCACCUUGAAUGACUUUGGAUUCAUGAUCUUCCAUUCUCCCUACUGUAAACUGGUACAGAAAUCUGUGGCUAGACUCUUGCUGAAUGACUUUCUCAGUGACCAGAACCCAGAAACAGCAAAUGGUGUUUUCAGUGGUCUGGAAGCUUUCAGGGAUGUAAAACUUGAAGAUACGUAUUUUGACAGAGAUGUGGAAAAAGCUUUUAUGAAAGCUAGUGCAGAGAUCUUCAAUCAGAAAACCAAAGAUUCAUUACUUGUAUCCAACCAGAAUGGAAAUAUGUAUACCCCUUCAGUCUAUGGUUGCCUUGCCUCUCUUCUAGCCCAGUACUCCCCAGAGCAGCUCGCAGGACAGAGAAUCAGUGUGUUCUCAUAUGGCUCUGGUUUUGCUGCUACGCUGUAUUCCAUCAGAGUUACCCAGGAUGCCACUCCUGGUUCUGCACUGGACAAAAUAACUGCCAGCCUUUCUGAUCUCAAAACAAGACUUGACUCAAGAAAAUGUAUUGCUCCUGAUGUCUUUGCUGAAAACAUGAAGAUUAGACAGGAAACACAUCAUUUGGCCAACUAUAUUCCGCAGUGUUCGGUAGAAGAUCUGUUCGAGGGAACAUGGUACCUUGUGCGUGUGGAUGAGAAACACAGGAGAACUUACGCCCGGCGCCCACUGAUGGGCGAUGGACCUCUGGAGGCAGGAGUCGAAGUUGUCCACCCAGGCGUUGUUCAUGAGCACAUCCCAAGCCCUGCUAAGAAAGUGCCAAGAAUCCCUGCAACAACAGAGUCUGAAGGCGUUACUGUUGCCAUUUCCAAUGGGGAGCAUUAAGAUACCUCUGUGAGGUGGGGAAUGAAACAAGGUGUGAGGGUAGGGUGAGAGAGAGAGAGAGAAAAAGGAUUGCAGUAGUGCUGAAGCUUCAGUGUACAAUAGUACUUUACUGAAGCAUGGAAAAACUGUUUAAGCUCCUUGAAAAGAUUUGUCAUAAUACAGUGUGCUGAUAUUUAUAGAAUUUUUCAGAACACUAAAAUCAUUAAUAUACUGGAGAUGGAGGGACUUGCCAGGGCCUAUGUGGAUUCCUUAACAUGUCUGAAUUUUUUUAAUUGCUGAGCAGUAGCUGUAGUCUAUUACAAGGUCUUUGUACAUAGAAAAAAAAAGAAUCUUCUGCUUGCUCUUUCCAUGUAAAAUGACUUGAAACCUGUACUGUUAACUUCUACUUGUACUCAAGUCUGUGGCAAAAUAGUCCAAGCUUUUAACGUUAGGGUUCUCAGUGCCUUCACAAUAAGCAAUCUUCUGAAUACUGCACUUCUUCUCUUUCCCUUUAUCACCUUCUCUUUCUUCUCCCAGUCUACUUCCCAUCACCCCAUUGCUUUGGGAAAGGUAUAGAACCAAGUAAUGUUCAUUGCUGGAAUAGAAUCUCUCUCCCCUGUCAAAAUGACUGUAUCAAGAAUGGCUAGACUGACAGGUGCUUUUCUUCCAAGAAACUCUGUGACCCACUGUGUUAGUUACUAUGUAAUUCCUCCUAACAUCCAUAUUAUGUGUUUUAUACCUGCAUUAUAAAUCACAGCAGCCUGGGAAGAAAGAGGAAAAAGAAGGGAGGUAGUAGGUUUUUUUCUUCUAAAGAAGUGGAUUCAUUGAUUUGGCUCCUUUUAGGAUUGUUUAGUAGAAGUAUCUAAGGAAGGCAGCAGAAUUUUCAAAUAAAUUUGUAGAUGUUAUGGAGCUGUCUUAAUUGGCAAAUGAAGGAAGAGAGGAGGAUCACUUUGUCUGGAGCUCUGGCCUCUCACUAAUCUUUUAUAUAAUACAUUUCUGAAAGACUAUUUCUAACUUUGAAUUUGGCUUUGUACUUUGAAGUCCUUCUCACUAUUGGUAAUAUUGUAGGAGUGGGGUCUUUUCUUUCUUUUUUUUUCUUUCCCAACAUGCAAGCUUAAAAGCUAACCAUUUUGCAAGUGGUAGAUAUACAAUGCUAAUGGGGAGUCCAUUCUGGUAGAUUUUUAAAGCCCAGAUUGGAAAUGAACUAUGACAUGAGCCUUGUAAGCUUGUAAUAUAUACUUAAGUUGAGCUAAUGUACAGAAUGAAGUUUUCUUGAAUUUAUUUCUUUGCUGAUUCUACAAAGCUACAUUAUCUAAUAUAAAGUAGCAAAAAAUGAUGUCUGUUAAAUUACAUUUUUUUUGUGUGUGUAAUGAAGUGUUUGUACUAUCUGUCACUCACUAGGAUUUGAUAAUUUGCUGUAUUUGUACAGUCAAGCCUUGGUAAAAUAGUUGUUUAUUAUAAAUUGAUGAAUACUAAUCUGUUUGUUCUGCUGAAAAUGAUGGAGCAAUGAUGCAUGAUGAUAGUGUUUGCAAGUAUUUUGGUUUAGGUUGCCCUCGUGAAACUUGUCUUGACACCAGAAAAACAAAUUGCCAUUGAACAAAGUCCAUUGCUGGCAGUGGACAAGCCACAAAGUGAGCUACUGGCACAAAGUUAACCACAGGGACCUCACGGUCUGUGGGGCUGAUCCUUUAUUAAAAUAAAGUUUGAGAUAUUUGAAACCUG